AUGUCACACAGAAUCGAUCCCAAGAAGACCCGCGUAGUGUGCCCGGUGCCAUCCUGCAAGACCAAGUGGAUCACUUUAUCCAACAGGUCUACGGACUACGCCACCCACAAGAACCAUGACGGCAGUCUGCCUUCCUACAGUGACCGUUUGUACAGGGAAAUGGCUGCCGUCGAUCAUGAAGCGUUCUUCGACCACUGGAGAGUCCAUCUGCAUGACUCCCCCAACAAGCUUGGUGGCAACCCCGGAGCCAUGGUGCGGGAAUAUGCAAGGGCAAAAAGCUUGACAACAACCGAGUAA